UGAACAACCCCAGUCCCUCUGUCCGAACGAAUUCCACCGUUACUAUUAUUGGGAUAUCAAUAAUAGUUUAUAUCGUGAACAGCCUUAGCAGCAACUAUGUGGAUUUACAACAUUAUUUUUACUCUCUUAAUCGUCCGUUAUUCUGAGUGCAGGAGGAAUGCAUUACAGGACUACCAGAGGACUGACGGCGUGCGAUUGGUCCAUUUGCCAGACACUGCCCUCCAUACUAAAAGCAGGAAGUUGAGCGUUGUGAAGUGUGCCCGUGGCUGCAGCCACAACAAGAUACUACCAUUCACCUGCAGAGCGUUCCUGUAUGAUCAGAAAAACAGGAAAUGCCAGUGGCUGUCAUUUGACAGGAACUACACAGGAGUCCAUAGCCAACACAACUUCAACUACCAACUCUACCAGAAGAAAGCCUAUGUGCAGGAGUGCAUAGUGGGGACAGGAGUGAACUACAGAGGGAGGAGGUCUGUAACAGCUAGUGGAAUCAGGUGCCAAGCCUGGGCCUCUCCUAUCCCUCAUGAACACAAUUUCCUACCGAGGAGGAACAGGAAGAAGGACCUGAGAAACAACUACUGUCGUAACCCUGACAACGCUAUUUCAGGACCAUGGUGCUUCACUACAGACCCCAACGUCAGACACCAGGACUGUGGAGUACCUGAGUGCUUACAGGUGGAGUGUGUGAGCUGUAACGGGGAAGGCUACAGAGGUCCUAUGGAUCACACAGAGACGGGACGGGAGUGUCAACGCUGGGACCUAGAGGAACCACACAAACACCUCUUCCACCCCAAGAGGUAUCCUGAUAAAGGCCUAGACGAUAACUACUGUAGGAACCCAGAUGGACGUCAACGACCGUGGUGUUUCACCCUGGAUGCACACACAUCCUGGGAGUACUGCAACAUCACAGCCUGCCCCUCAGACAGUGUGGGAGAGGUGGAUGUGACUACUAGUUGUUUCCGGGGUCGAGGCGAGGGCUACAGGGGGACAGUAGCAGUAACACCCAGUGGAGUGACCUGUCAACGCUGGGACUCACAGUACCCCCACAACCACACAUACAUACCCCGGGACUAUCGUUGCAAAGACCUGAGGGAGAACUACUGCAGGAACCCUGACGGCCUUGACCUCCCAUGGUGCUUCACUUCAGACCCUAACGUUCGCAAUGCAUUCUGCACCAACAUCCCCCGCUGUGGCACACAGAACACUGAACCCAAGGACUGCUACGAGGGCAAUGGAGAGAGCUACAGAGGAGAGGUGUCAAGGACCAGGUCAGGUCUUCCCUGUUCCAUCUGGAGAGACCAUAGUCGGGACAGAGAUGCAGCGGUGCUGACUGUGGGACAGGAGGGGAGUUUCUGUAGGAACCCAGACAGAGACACACACGGCCCCUGGUGUUACACUAACAACGCUGCUAUACCCUGGGACUACUGCAGCGUCAAACCUUGUGAACCAUCAGAGAACACCAUUCCACAGAGAGUGGAGGUGUCCAAGGUGUCAUGUUUCAUCCAUAAGACGACCAGGAUAGUAGGAGGCGCUCCAGUCGCCAUCACAGACGGAAGCUGGAUGGUCAGCAUACAGAAACGGUCCAGUCACUGGUGUGGAGGUUCUCUCAUACGAGAGGAGUGGGUCCUCACUGACAGACAAUGCUUCUCCUCAUGUGUUCCAGACCUGAGUGAGUACCGUGUGUGGUUGGGUGUAUCAGACCUCCGUGGCUCGGCUCCUAACAGCUCCUUCAGACAGGAAGUCUCCAUCUCCCAUGUGAUCUGUGGUCCUGAGGGCUCCAACCUGGCCCUCAUACGGCUGGCCCAGCCUGCCCUCCCUGCAGACAGUGUCCACACAAUUCAGCUGCCGGUGGCUGGGUGCUCCAUUGCUGAUGGCUCGAUGUGUAGCAUGCAUGGAUGGGGCGAGACCAAAGGUACGGGUCAUGAAAGUGUACUGAAGGUGGUCCAUCUGCCCAUGGUCAGUAAUGAGAGGUGUAGUGAACAACACAGAGGGAACCUCCACAUCACAGACACCAAGAUUUGCGCUGGGGGGAGGAGGGAUGAGGGGGUCUGUGAGAGGGACUAUGGCGGUCCCUUGGUGUGUCAGGAAGGAGAGAGCAGGGUCAUAGUGGGGGUCAGUGUCCAUGGCAGAGGCUGUGCCCGUGCCAACCGGCCUGGCAUCUUCAUCAACGUCCCCUUCUACACCCAGUGGAUCCACAAGGUGUUCAGACACUACCCCGAACCUCAGCUCAACUAGGCACUACCCUCAGAUCAACUAGAGAUAAACCUUUAUCCCAUCAUCAACUAGAGACUCAUUAGACCCAACCUUUAGACAUCCUACACCCAGUGGAUCCACAACUAGACCCCCCUUGAUAUAGACACACAUUGUUGUCACUACUCUUACCAGUGGCUCAGUCAGUUAAGGACCAACUGAGUCCCUGUGCAUUUGAAAGGGGGAAAACUCCAGCCGUACCGUAAAUAUCAGACGCAACUCCAAACUUGAUUCUGGACUUCAGACUCAUGGGCUUCUAUAUGUCUAUGGAGUGGACCUGUGAAGUGGAAUGCAAUUGUGUUGAUCAGACUGCUGGAUUGAUCCUUUAGAUAAUAUAAAUGUGUAGUGUUACAAACAUGCUACUAAGGACAACAGAGGUGUGGAUAUGUGGAUAUGUGGUCGGCCAACCACCAUGUCCUGAAGCUGGUAAGGUUUGGAUGUUCAGGACUCGUAUUGUACACAGUCAGUAAGAAGAUGUAGAUGAGGUGGUAAUAGGGGAGAGUGGGGUAAGUUGAGACACCCCUUGUUUCUAGGAAAACAUAUACAAAAUUAAUAAUGUGACCAAAUUUUUAGGAAGAGGUCAUCAUUUAAUGGAGUCAGAAGGAAGAAACCACAAACCAAUUUUCACAAAGUCAAUGGAUUGUAUUGUGUUACAGGUUUCAUGAUGCUUGUAUCUAAACCAAAGUAGAUCGUUUUCAGAUUGUUUUGUACAUCAGUUGGGGUC